AGGGUGCGGAGUAAUUGAAAAGGAUUGGCGGGGGAGAAAAGCGCGUGAGGAUGCCAGUGUGUAAAGUAGUUAGGAGCAGGAGGCAAUGUUUAUAAUUUCAUGUCCGUAUUAUGCUAAGUCUUUUUCACCCUUUUCUCUACUACUCUUAUCUCUCUUUGUUUUGCUCUCUCUUCCCUCCCAUUUUACACUCUCUCUCUUUUUUCCCUCCCUCCUCCCAUCUGUGACCUAUUUGUCUCUAUCAAGAUCCUUCUUUCUCUUCUUCUUCACCUCCCCUUUUAAUAUCUACAAGAUCCAAAUCAAGUACUUGUUCUGCCAUCAAAGGUUAUAUUGAUCUAGCAAGAGAUCGACUUAGUGAACAAAGAAGAAUUAAGAUGACUCCAUCAGCUCAAUUCGGGGACACCACGUACACUAAGUUGUUUGUUGGGGGUUUGGCUUGGGAGACUCAGAAGGAGACCAUGAAGAAAUACUUUGAACAGUUUGGUGAUAUCUUGGAAGCUGUCGUCAUCACUGAUAAGGCUACUGGAAGAUCCAAAGGCUAUGGAUUUGUAACUUUUCGUGAGGCAGAAGCAGCCAUGAGGGCUUGUGUUGAUGCUGCUCCUGUCAUUGAUGGCAGAAGGGCCAACUGCAAUCUGGCUUCCAUGGGAGUUCAAAGAUCUAAACCUUCUACCCCUAAACAUG